UCCACUCUGGCCCUAUGUCUCUCUCUCACUGUGAGUCAGUCUGUUGGUUUCCAUUCGUCGUUCGUCUGGAAUGAACUGAAGAGAAGCAGAGGAGACACAAACAGUGAAAAGAAGAACAAGAAAAGGUGGGAAAGGAGCAGCUUCAGAAGGGUCAGCAGCCAUGAUGGCGUCCAUCAGGGGAACAGGAAAUAUCAGCCUGUUGCGGUUCCUCUUGGGUGUGUUCCUGGUUCAUCCUGAAGGGGCGGUGUCUCUGGAGCUGCUGCCAUCAGCCUCUGAAGUUCUGGUCCCCUCCAACUCCAAUUACACAGUGGAGUGUUUGGGGUGGAGUGAGGUCAAGUGGCAUUUUCCUCAGGAACCACCAGUAGACGGGGUCCUCGUGGACAAUCGAGGCUCCAGGAGCAUCCUGCAGCUCUUUAACAUCACAUGGAGGAAUUCUGGGAGAUACACCUGUGAGGAGGCAUCAUCUGAUCAGAGCAGAAAUGUUGAUGUCUUUAUACCUGGACAAGGUCCCGAUGAAUGGUUUGUCCCAAUGGAUCUGGGUGUGGUGAUGAAGGAGGGAGAGGAAGGCACCAUUCCCUGCAUGGUGUCCAACCCGAAGCUCAAUGUCUCGCUGUACGAGCGCCCCAGCAGGACGCUGGUCAGUGGGAUGACAUAUAAGCCAGGGCGUGGCUUCACGGGUCACCUCAAUGACACAUCAUACGUGUGCGUCGCCACGAACGGAGCUCAGGAGAGGGAGUCGCAAACGUACUACGUCUUCAGCAUCAUAGUCCCAAAGGUCAUGGAGGUGGACCUGACGGUGUCCAGCAGUGUGCUGAAGCAGGGCGAGGUCCUCACGGUAAACUGCACGGUUAAAGACACAGAGAUGGUCUUCUUCUCCUGGGGCUUCCCCCGCAGACAGGAAAUUGAGCCGCUGACGGACUUCCUGCCCAAUCAGAUCCGCUCCUUUGUUAACAUCACUGCAGUAACAGUGGCAGAUUCAGGUGUUUAUAGCUGCACAGUGCAGGAGACGACACAGGGACAAACUGUGAUGAAAAAUAUCACAAUAACAGUGCUGGACAGAGGUUACGUUUACCUGUGGCCCUCAGGUGAGACCAAUGUGUCGUCUCUCCUCCAUCACACGCUGGAAUUAAGUGUAGAGAUUGACGCCCACCCCGCCCCCACUGUCAUCUGGACGAGACAGAACCAAUCUGUUGCCACAGAAACCACCACUAUCAACACCACACACCUGUCAGACAGCCGGUAUGUGAGCACACUGACGCUGGUGCGCGUGCAGAUGGAUCAGACAGGAAGUUACACCGCAACUAUUUCCAAUGAUGAUGACAUCAGAGAGGCUACCUUCAACCUGGAGGUACAAGAUCCACCCAGGAUCACAUCCCUGUCAGAGGUCAGGAGUAACGCUGUGCUGUGUGUGAGUGAGGGAGCUCCACCCCCCUCUGUUACCUGGUACACCUGUUCCAGCUCACACAGAUGCAAUCUUUUGAAUGGCAAGUGGAGGAGCCAAUCAAAAGACUCAGAGGGCACGACGCUACAGGAGAACAUUACUAUGGUGGCAGAGAGAGGCAUCACCCAGGUACACAGCAUGCUGACCCUCCAGACUCUCAGCUCUCUGUCGGCCGUGCGCUGUGAAGCCACAAACUCAGCGGGCAGACGAGGGAAGGACCUGCGAGUCCUCUCCAGCUCUCUCCUGUCUCAGGUGGUGGUCUUAGCAGUAGUCCUGGUGUUGGUCAUCAUUGCUGUCAUCUUCCUCAUCAUCCUCAUUAUCCUGUGGAGGAAAAAACCUCAUUAUGAAGUUCGUUGGAAGGUGAUUGAGUCCGUGAGUCCUGAUGGACAGCAGUACACCUACCUCGACCCCACCCAACUGCCCUACAGCCCAACCUGGGAAAUAGACAGAGACCAUGUAAAUCUUGGUCAGGUGCUGGGUUCAGGGGCUUUCGGACGUGUUGUUGAGGCAACCAUCUCUGGUCUGAUUAAUUCUCAUUCUACAAAGGCGGCCGUGAAGAUGGUCAAACCGAGGAGUGAUGCAGUUCAGUCUCUGAUGUCAGAGUUGAAGGUUUUGGUUCAUCUCGGUCCUCACCUGAACAUUGUCAACCUGCUGGGAGCCUGCACGAGAGGAGGUCCCGUCUAUCUGAUCACUGAGUUUUGUUGUCAUGGAGACCUGGUGAACUACCUGCAGAGGAAUAAACAUGCCUUUCUACAGGGAGACACACAGACCAAGAGUGACAGUGAUGGAGGUUACAUGGACAUGAACAAAGAGGAGAGCGCUCAGUACGUUGCCAUGAAGGAGCUCAGCUAUGCCGACAUCGAACCCGCCGUAUAUGAGACACCGUACACGCCCACAGACCAGCAGGAGGCAUCAACCCUGCUCCUCAGUGACUCUCCUCUCCUCAGCCUCAAUGAUCUCAUCAGUUUCUCUUACCAGAUUGCUCAGGCCAUGGACUUCCUAUCAUCUAGAAAGUGUGUGCACAGAGACCUGGCUGCGAGGAACGUUCUGGUGUGCGAGGGGAAGCUGGUGAAGGUCUGUGACUUUGGUUUGGCCAGAGACCUGCUGAAGGACCAGGAUUACAUCGCGAGGGGAAACAGCUUCCUGCCGCUGAAGUGGAUGUCUCCAGAGAGCAUCUUCCAGAACAUUUACAGCUCGCAGAGCGACGUUUGGUCCUACGGAGUUCUGCUGUGGGAGAUAUUCUCUCUGGGCUGCAGCCCGUACCCCGACCUCCCCAUGACCCAGGAGUUCUACUCUGCUCUGAAGAGAGGAUACAGGAUGAGUCGACCCGACCACUCUCCUCAGGACAUGUACGACCUGAUGAAACGCUGCUGGGAGGAGAAACCUCAGUCCAGACCUUCAUUCUCCUCACUGCUCAUCGACAUGGGCAAUAUGCUGACUGACGACUAUAAACAGCGUUACCUGCAGAUUGCCGAAGACUUCCUGAAGGGAGGAAAUCCAGCUGUGCACCGAUACAAGCAGAGUUUAUCCAGAGGUGCAGCGGAGCAGGAGGACGCGCACGCAAGUGCCACCCCUCAGGUAAAUAGGCCAGAGGCGGAGCCAGUGGAGGCAGGUCCCUCGCAUGUCGCUUACAUCCUGCCUGUUACCGAAAUCACAAUUGAAAGCAGCGCUGGCGCUGCGCUGGACACAGUCAGCCCUUCGAUGUCAGACUCUCCCGCCAUCUCAUACUCUCCAGAAGUGACAUCAUCGGAGGACAGACAGGAAGCUGUGGGGCCUGAGGAGGAGAGUUGCCUGUGAAGGUUUCACCUGCCUGAGAGUCUGGGGCAGGGUUUAAAUAACCCAGCGUCUCUGCAUGGGGGCUCCUGUGCCCUGAGUAUGGACUGUAGGAGGUUGUCUAACCUUUUUACCUGUAAAGCUUGUUUAGGUGACAGAGUCAGAGUGUGCUGAGUGUGCAGCAGGUCCUGAUUUGCAUUUAUAACCUUUAGUAUCCUCAUGUACUCUGACUUUUCUAUCUGUAUAUCCAAACUGCUGACCCGUGUCAGGACUGAACCUCCCAUUAAAAUGUACUCGUGGA